GAAUUCAUAAGCCUCCUAAAAAUAUCGUAUUCCUAUCAUAACAAUUAUUUGCCUUUGAUCACUUUACUGCCUGCUAAUAUCCUCGUAGAAGGGAAGAGCGAAGAUGAGCUCAAGGAUGCACCACUUUGGCAGCACCGUCAGGUACCUAUCACGCGUAGACAAACUCGAGUUCCGAACGAAGGAGAACAGCCUUUUGCCCUCCAAGGAGAGGGUACCGACUCGUCUCUUGUUUUUCUUGCCUUCUACUAUGAGGCACAUGUAUUGGCUCGUGGUGGUCGCGUUCGUCUAGGCUGGGCAAGUCAGUCAGCGGAUCUCACCAACCUGGGAUCGGAUGACCAGGCCGUUGUUUAUGAUGGAGGUCGGGUGGGAGGCGAAGCGGUAUUUGUGAGUGAUUCCACUGGAGCAGCAGACUCAGCUGAGUGA